CCAUUCAUUUCUUCCUCUGUGUUGUUACUUGGCAGAGAGAUCACACACCCCCUCAGGCCUAUUCAGACUGCAUGUCAGAGAAUGAGAUAGAAAAAAAGAGAGGGAGCGUGAGGGAGGAGUAGGCAUCCAUGGCAUCUGUGGCCUGACAGGAGUUCAGGCAAGUAAACGCACAGAAAAAAACAACAAAAUCUUACACCGGAGCCACGAUCGAAGAGAUAGAAGGGACUAGUGACAUGAAUAAGGCUGAUAACGACGACUUCUACACUGCAUUAUGAUGCCGCCCAAACCCCCCAGGAAAAGCUUAACGAUGAAGUCCGUCAUCACCGGUUCCUAUGACGUCCCACAGCCAGUCUACGAAGACCCAGAUGCAUCAACACCACCCAAACCCCCGAGGAAAAGCUUAAUGACGAAGUCUGUCAUCACCAGCUCCUAUGAGGUCCCACAGCAAGACAACGAAGACCCGGAUGCAGCAACGCCUGCUGUCACAGAUGGAAGCCAGUGCGAGGUUAAAGUCAAGCCUGUGCCUCGUCCCAGAUCUAAAAUACUAUCAAAAGCCCAGAGCAAUACCAGCAACACCAUUGCGUUUGUAGAUAAAACUGGCAACACAAGCAACACAGUGAGCGCCGAGCACGAUGAACAUUCUGAAGAGAGGCCUCGUCCUGUUCGCCCGCCUCCUAGACCACCAAUUGCCAAAUGUUUGACCUCCAGCAAACCCACCCCAGAUGUCGAUGGAGACAGCUUGUGUGGGUUUGCUGUCAGUCAAUACAUGAGUACAAAUACUGAGCCAACUGUGACGCCUCCAGCUGUCUGUACUGAGAGAAAUUCAAAUCUUCCCUGUCCCAAACGCCCCCCUCUUCCCUCCAUCUAUUAUGGUAGACCACUGUCUAUGAAAGGGAAACAGUGUAAGAGCUACACUGAGGAGUCUCAACAAUACACAAUCAGCACCAUGCAAAAAACUCCGGACUCACCAGCUUCCUCUGUGGAAGAGAUGGACCUCUGUGGGACUUAUGGUGAAAUGGCCACAGACAGUACAGACAGACCUGCAGUUCCACCUCGACUCAGUCAGUCCUACCUCCCCCGCUCUGCCUCAGAGUGUGAAACCUCGCCUCCGCAGACCAGACCACCACCUCCUUCAUUCGACCCACCACCACCGCCGCCUUCAACAUGGUCAUUACCGGAGUCAGAGUACAGUGAGAUAGAGCAUCGGCCCUACCUGGACGUUCUGCCAGAGGAUGAAGACAAGAUGACACAAAGGAGGUCGAUGCCUCGUUCCGAACUACGCUACCAGAUAGGCAGAUUCUCCUCACAUCAGCAGAUCAUAGGGGACACAGACGACAUCAAUGGGAUGUUGAGAUGGUUGACAAGAGUAUCAAAAUCGGAUUACAUGACUCCAUCGCUGUAUGGCCUCAGUAUAGAAGAGGAAAUCAGGUCAUUCAACCAGAGAGCAAUGAAUGUGAGCAAGGCCCUGCGCCUCUACAACCUUGUCAUGAUGAAGCGCAAUGAAAGCCUGCGGAACGUCAUCACGGAGUUCAACUCCAUCUCCAACAGCCUAGACAAGAUGAAGAAGAGGACCAAAACCAUAAACAUUGCUGGAGGCACCACAGGUGCCGUGGGAGGGGUGACUGCAGUGCUGGGCAUCGCCUUGGCUCCUGUCACCAUGGGUGCCUCGCUGAUUGCCACAGCGGUUGGUGCUGGCAUGGUGGCAUCUGCUGGGGGUAUGGGCGCCCACACUGCCAAGGCCAACAAGAAGAGUGUGGAUAAAAUGAAAGUUGAGAAACUUGUGUACGAAUAUAAGGCGGGAGUUGUUGACCUGGAACGUUGUCUGGACUUCAUCCUCUCGGGGAUGAAUGAGCUGCGGCGGCACGACAUUGGCCGGCUGCAUCGGGCAGGAGCCCAGCCGGACGCACUGAAGAUGGCACAUCUGGCACAGUCUGUGUACAGCAACAACAUGAACAAAGAAAGGAGGACUUCGGCAGCGCACCCGGGUGGGUUGCCAUCUGAAGGACUGCUUCUGGCUUUUGCCAAGGAGCUGGAUCAGUAUUUCACAGAGGACGAUGGUCAGAAGCUGAAGAAGUCAAACAAGAGCAGGUUUUCAGGAAGGGUUCGCCUGCUGGUUGGAAAUCUGCUGGAUCAACUACAGUACCUGAAUCGUAUGUGGGAAAUGUUUAGUUGAACCAGAGGAACUCUUGGUGUGUAUGUGUGUGUGUGUGUGUGUGUGCGCUUGUGUGUGUAAGAGAGAGAGAUUUUACAAUCUUUUAAUUGUGCAAUUGAAUUCCUUAUUUGCCUCAUAUAUAUUUUAAUAAAAAUUUACAAUUGUUAAA